GGAGCGUGAAGUCUAAAGCACUUUAAACCGUCACCGACACUGACUGGGUCUACAGAGGAGGAAACUCCCCCGCCCGUCAGCCCGUCAUGGCGGACAUCAAGAACUUCUUGUACGCCUGGUGUGGGAAAAAGAAGCUGACCCCCAACUACGACAUCCGAGCUGCGGGGAACAAAAACAGGCAGAAGUUCCUGUGUGAGGUCCGAGUGGACGGCUACAACUACAUGGGGAUGGGGAACUCCACCAACAAGAAGGACGCUCAGACCAACGCCGCCCGGGACUUUGUCAACUACCUGGUCCGAGUCGGAGAGAUGAGCGCAGCAGAGGUCCCAGCUCUGGGGGUGAGCGCUCCAGACGCUGAUCAGCCUGACGGAGGAGGAGGAGGAGGAGGAGGAGACGGUGGCUUCGGAAACCUCCCCCCCAGCGGCCCUCUGCCUCCUCACCUUGUGGUGAAGGCUGAGAAAGACGAGGACGGUGUCAGCGGGCCGGUUCCUGGAGUGACUGGACUGGGUUACUCAGGAGCAGGAAGCUCUGGGUGGGGAGGAGGAGGAAGAGGAGGAGCAGGGGGAGGAGCUCAGUGGGACCGAGGAGCCAACCUGAAGGAGUACUACGCCAAGAGAGACGAGCAGGAGGCGCAGGCGACUCUGGAGUCGGAGGAGGUCGACCUGAACGCCAGUCUCCAUGGUAACUGGACCCUGGAGAACGCCAAGGCCCGUCUGAACCAGUUCUUCCAGAAGGAGAAAACCAGCGCUGAGUAUAAAUACAGCCAAGUGGGACCAGACCACAACAGGAGCUUCAUCGCCGAGAUGCAGCUGUUUGUGAAGCAGCUCGGCAGAAGGAUCACGGCUCGAGAGCACGGCUCCAACAAGAAGCUGGCGGCGCAGUCGUGCGCUCUGUCUCUGAUCCGGCAGCUGUAUCACCUGGGAGUGAUCGAGGCGUACUCCGGCGUCACCAAGAAGAAGGAGGGAGAAACUUUGGAGGUGUUUGAGGUCAGCGUGUCUCCAGACCUCCAGCAGCAGCUGGCCACCGUGGUCCAGGAGCUGGGAGUCCACAUCCCCCCACCGCCUGCAGACCCCAGCGGCUCAGUGUCUCUGGUUCAGGGGAAGAUGGCGACGUUCGAGCCGUCGCAGCGCCAGAGCGGAGCCGGCGUCGUCCCUUGGUCGCCGCCUCAGGUGAACUGGAACCCCUGGACCAGCAGCAACAUCGACGAAGGACCGCUGGCCUACUGCACGCCGGAGCAGAUCAGCGGCGACCUGCACGACGAGCUGAUGGACCAGCUGCAACAUGACGACAACCUGCAGAAGAUGCUGGCGGAGCGCAACCAGCUGCCCGUCAAACAGUUUGAGGAGGAGAUCAUGGCGGCCGUCGACAGCAGCUCCGUGGUGAUCAUCAGAGGAGCGACGGGCUGCGGCAAAACCACCCAGGUCCCUCAGUACAUCCUGGACCGCUUCAUCAAGGGUGGCCGAGCGUCCGACUGCAACAUCGUGGUCACCCAGCCCAGACGGAUCAGCGCCGUGUCCGUGGCCGAGAGAGUCGCCUACGAGAGAGGGGAGGACCUGGGGAAGAGCUGCGGCUACAGCGUCCGCUUCGAGUCCGUCCUCCCUCGACCUCACGCCAGCGUCCUCUUCUGCACCGUCGGUGUUCUGCUGCGGAAGCUGGAAGCAGGAAUCAGAGGCAUCAGUCACGUGAUCGUCGAUGAGAUCCACGAGAGAGACAUCAACACGGACUUCCUGAUGGUGGUCCUCAGAGACGUGGUCCAGGCCUACCCAGAGGUCCGCAUCAUCCUCAUGUCAGCCACCAUCGACACCACCAUGUUCAGAGAAUACUUCUUCAACUGUCCCAUCAUCGAGGUGUUCGGACGAACCUUCCCCGUCCAAGAGUAUUUCCUGGAGGACUGCAUCCAGAUGACCAACUUCGUCCCUCCACCAAUGGACAGAAAGAAGAAAGACAAAGACGAGGAGGGAGGAGACGAUGACACGAACUGUAACGUGAUCUGCGGGCCGGAGUACACGGCGGAGACGAAGCGUUCGAUGGCUCAGAUCAACGAGAAGGAGACGUCCUUCGAGCUGGUGGAGGCGCUGCUGAGGUACAUCGAGACGCUGCAGGUGGCCGGAGCCGUGCUCAUCUUCCUGCCCGGCUGGAACCUCAUCUACUCCAUGCAGAGACACCUGGAGACCAACCCGCACUUCGGAAGUAACCGGUACCAGAUCCUGCCGCUCCACUCUCAGAUCCCCCGAGAGGAGCAGAGGAGGGUGUUUGAACCGGUUCCCGACAACAUCAGGAAGGUGAUUCUGUCGACCAACAUCGCAGAGACGAGCAUCACCAUCAACGACGUCGUCUACGUGGUCGACUCCUGCAAGCAGAAGGUGAAGCUCUUCACCUCCCACAACAACAUGACCAACUACGCCACAGUCUGGGCCUCCAAGACCAACCUGGAGCAGAGGAAGGGCCGAGCCGGGCGGGUCCGACCCGGGUUCUGCUUCCACCUCUGCAGCCACGCCCGCUUCGAGAGGCUGGAGACUCACAUGACUCCAGAGAUCUUCAGGACUCCGCUGCACGAAGUCGCUCUGAGCAUCAAACUGCUGAGACUUGGAGCCAUCGGUCACUUCCUGUCCAAGGCCAUCGAGCCGCCGCCGCUGGACGCCGUCAUCGAGGCCGAGCACACUCUGAGAGAGCUGGAUGCUCUAGACACUAACGAUGAGCUGACUCCUCUGGGACGGAUUCUGGCUCGACUCCCCAUCGAACCUCGACUGGGGAAGAUGAUGAUCAUGGGCUGCAUCUUCCAUGUCGGAGAUGCGAUGUGCACCAUCUCGGCCGCCUCCUGUUUCCCGGAGCCGUUCAUCAGCGAGGGGAAACGUCUGGGCUUCGUCCACAGGAACUUCGCCGGCAGCCGUUUCUCUGACCACGUGGCUCUGCUGUCGGUGUUCCAGGCCUGGGACGACGUCAGGAUCAACGGCGAGGAGGCGGAGAGUCGUUUCUGUGAACACAAACGUCUCAACAUGUCCACCCUGAGGAUGACCUGGGAGGCCAAAGUCCAGCUGAAGGAGAUCCUGGUCAACUCUGGAUUCCCUGAAGAGAGUCUGAUGACUCAGAUGUUCAACGCCGUCGGACCGGACAACAACCUGGACGUGGUGGUUUCUCUGCUGACCUUCGGCUCGUACCCGAACGUCUGUUACCACAAAGAGAAGAGGAAGAUCCUGACCACGGAGGGACGCAACGCCCUCAUCCACAAGUCCUCCGUCAACUGUCCGUUCAGCAGCCACGACAUGACCUACCCCUCCCCCUUCUUCGUCUUCAGCGAGAAGAUCCGAACCCGGGCGAUCUCGGCUAAAGGGAUGACUCUGGUCAGUCCGCUGCAGCUGCUGCUGUUCGCCUGUAAGAAGAUCGGCUCCAACGGAGACGUGGUGGAGCUGGACGACUGGAUCAAGCUGAGGAUCCCUCACCAGGUGGCGGGGGGCGUGGCCGCUCUGCGGGCCGGACUGGAGGCUCUGGUGGUGGAAGUGACCAAAGACCCGGAGUACGUGAGACAGAUGGACCAGAGCAACGAGCGGCUGCUCAACCUCAUCAGACACGUGUCCAGACCCUCUGCAGCCGGGAUCAAUAUGAUGAGCAGCACACGGAGGAUGGGAGACGGACCUCGACCCCCGAAGAUGGGACGCUUCGAUGGAGGAGGAGGAGGAGGAGGAGGAGGGGGGGGUUUCAGAGGAGGAGGAGGAUACGGAGGAGGAGGAUACGGAGGUGGGGGUUACAGGGGUGGGGGAGGGUACGGGGGAGGUGGAUACAGGGGAGGUGGGGGCUACAGAGGAGGUGGAGGAGGAGGUUACAGAGGAGGUGGUGGAUAUGGAGGAGGAGGAGGUUAUAGAGGAGGUGGGGGCUACAGAGGAGGAGGAGGAGGGGGAGGAGGGUACAGAGGAGGUUACAGAGGAGGUUAUUGACAUCCUGGCAGCACGAUGACAUCAUCACCACAAUGACAUCAGCACCAUCAUCAGUUUCUCGAUGUGGUCUGGUUUUCAUGUGAAGUCCAGAACUGGGACAAGUCGUCUACUGAAGAUGAUGAUGAUGAUGAUGAUGAAGAUGAAGAUGAAGAAGAUGAUUAUGAAGAUAUGCUGCUGUAAACACUCUUCUGAUCUGUGAGUCUCUGAACCUGUUUGUUUAUUGAUCAUUUGUAUCUGU